GAGAAGAGAGAAACCCGAGCAGGUAAGCAGACUGCGACGCGCGCUCCACGCGAGACCGUGCGUGUACCCUCCUCGGCCAGACAGGGGUCAGUCAGGGUCCUGCUCUUAGCCAGGACGCUCCAAGAGCAUCCUCCUCAAGAUCGGCCAAGGGACAACCGUCUGAUUGCAAACUGCUUCACUCCUCUUCGAUCAUUCUCGAUUAUAUCCAUACAUCCGUUUAGAAGAAGAAAAUUAAUAAUAUAGCCAUUGUAAAAAAAAAGGAGAAAUAAUCUUUAGUGAAAAGAAAAAAGUCAAAAAAUUUACAUUUGGAAGAAACAUAGUGUUAAAAUAGUCCGUGGUUUGGAAAAGUGUUCUUCAUCGAACUGAACCGCGUGAACCGGAAACCAGGCCGCCGCGACCUUGGCGAACCACGUGGAGGAUCGCCAAGGGAAGAGUCGAUCUAGUGAAAAACUGUACGUGUAUUGGAACUGUCUGUGGAUUCGAUUAUUAAUCGAUUAUUAAUAUAUACAUAUAUCGAUUGUGAGGAUAUCGUUUGUGCUCGGAGGAUCUAGUGCCUAGUAUUAGAGGACGGACUCGAUGAACGAUCGGAGGACUUAGACGAAUCUAAUCGAUCGGCCAAUUGAAAAGCAAUGUGCGAAGCGGUACCGCGAACUUGGUACAUGAAACCGGAACUUCACUACAGCGCCAUUGGAGUUCCGGCGGCCGCUCUAUCACCCCCGGCCACGCUCUCGCCACCGAGCAGCCCAAGUGUCACUUCGCCCUGGAGUCCUGGCGCGGCCGGAAGCAGCCUGAGCGCCGCGGCGUCCUCCAAUCCUCCUCCCUCGGCCUCCUCCGCAAGCCUCGUCCAACCGACAACGGACCGUUUCAGCGCUUUCACCCUCGUCUCGACCUGUAAUCCCGAAGCGAGGCUUCAGAAUCUACCGUUGACCACCACGGCCGCCGCUCGAGAGAUGCGUUGCGGCCUGAUGUAUGGGGGUUACGGGUCGACGGGGACCGCAUGGUGGGCUCGACACGUGAGUCUGCUGCUGCCUCAUUCCCUGGUGUCGCCCUCGAGGGUUACCAACCAGCAAACCACACCGGUUGCAAAUUGCUCGCCUAUCCAUCCAGAACCCUUGAACACGUCCAGAACUGGCUCACCGCGAAGAUCCACUCCGGAAAAAGCGAAAUUCGAGGAAGAAGCUCCGCUGAAUUUGAGCAUCAAAGCAAACGACGUGUCGUCCAGCGUGGGGCGAAAAAGUGAAAUUUGGUCGCCAGGAACGGUAUGCGAGAGAGAAGCGAAGGAAACUAGGCUACCGUCGUCUAGGAGUCCAUCCUCCACGCCUGUAAUCACUCGGCCAAUCCAUCAUUCACCGUUGACGCCGCCUUCCUCCUCGGAAAGGACUUUCCAGUGUAAACAGUGCGGAAAAGCCUUCAAGCGUUCAAGCACUCUCAGCACUCACCUUUUAAUACACUCUGACACCAGACCAUAUCCCUGUCAAUAUUGCGGCAAGAGGUUUCAUCAGAAGUCAGAUAUGAAGAAACACACUUAUAUUCAUACCGGCGAGAAGCCGCACAAAUGCGUGGUCUGCGGCAAGGCGUUCUCCCAGAGCAGCAAUCUGAUCACGCACAUGCGCAAGCACACGGGCUACAAACCGUUCCAGUGCGGCCUCUGCGACAAGGCGUUCCAGAGGAAGGUCGAUCUUCGACGGCACAGAGAGGGACAGCAUCCAGCAGCGCCCGCCCUUGACUACCGCUCCCUCCAGUUACCCUCGCAGCCUGCCAACGCAGUUAGACAACACUCUCCACCCCUGCAGCCUGCCUCCGCUUAUCACAUGAUACCCGUCCCCGGUAACAGUUGAGAUUCUUGAUCGCCAAGUUGAUCGCUCGAAUCUCCCUCGAAUGUCCAUUCCGUUUCACAGUUUUGCCCCUUCUCGCUCUUUGUGUAUCAUUGGGAGGAGGCGCGAAGUAGAAAGUGGUGAAUCGUUGGGAAAUGGUCGAAAUGAAUUCGAAAUCGAAGUUUCUAGAACAGGAAGAGUAGCGAAUGUGGGUCUGAAAUUGAGGAUGAUGGGUCGAUGAUGAUACACUUGUUUCGUUGUUUGUUAACAGUUCAAUGAAGAUUGGAUACAAAGAUGGUAUUUAUUGGAAAUUAAUUUUUUUUUGAAGAGAUUUUAAAUUUUAAUUUUGAAAGAUUGUGCAAAUUAAUUUUAUAGAGAUAUAUAUAUUUGUUUGUUUAAGGAUAAUGAUACUUCUAUCAAAAUUUAUCGAUGAGAUGAAAAUAAAUAAUAGAAAGAGUUUUAUUAUAAUCGAUUUAAUUCGAAUUCGAGAAUAGACCCAUCACGAUCGAAGAGUCGCAUUCCAAAGAAAGGGAGGAAGGGAAAAAGAAACGAUCCUUUCGAUCCAAAAAAAUUUUCUACGCGAAAAAAGAUUUUAAAUGAGUUUCGUGUUAUAAGCACACACCUGUUCGAAGUGGCUGGCUCUGCUAAUAACCGGUACUUAUAUACCUCCGAGCUGUU